GAGACCUAUAACACAUCAGUUGGCAACAAAGACACUCUCCGUCGCUGGGAAUGGACAUCAGAUCUGCCUUUUAAUUGCACCAUUCACUACUUUAGGAUUCGCUAUUUUCUUAAUGAGAAAACUUUUGCUGGAAGGAAGAUGUGGAGUGAAUGGAGUCCACUUGUAAACGUUACGGUUUACCCACAUAGACCAACAGACUUAAAAGUGAGCAGUAUAACUUCGGACAGUUUCAGACUGUCAUUUUCUUUGCCUGGCAAUUUCAAAGAAACCAAACUGCAAUGUCAGGUUCAAAUGUCCAAUGGCGCUUCCAAAGAAGAAAGGAUUGUGCUGCUGGAUAAUUCAGAAAAUUCACGUUACAUCAUCUUAGUGGACAAAUUGCAUCCAUUCACAAAAUAUGAUUUCCAAGUUCGCUGUGCUACUCCGAAGCCUUUCUUUUGGAAAUGGAGUGAGUGGAGCACGAAAAAAACCUCUACAACUCAGCAAGCCCAACCAGCAAGAGAGCUUGAUAUCUGGAGAGAAAAAGAUGCUAAUGAAGAUACAGUUACCCUAUUUUGGAAGCCACUCCCUCUUUUUGAAAGCAAUGGAUUGAUAGAGACUUAUGAGGUCCAUUGGACCCUUCCGGAUAAAUCCACAAAGAAUGAAUCCGUUCCUGCAUCCCACAACUCCACCAAAAUAAACAUUGGGAAGAAUGAUUGCAUAUUUACAGUGAAGGCAAAGAAUAAGGCGGGCGCUUCUCCUCCUUCUUCAAUCAAUAGUGCUGAGCUUCCAGCGGGUGACAUUUCCAUAGAAAAGGGAAUCGGAAAAGACAAUAGUAUUUCUCUUGCUUGGCACCCUGACUCCAAUGUGACUUGUGGCUACGUAGUGAGGUGGUGUUAUGGUCCUGAGCCGUGUACAAAUGUUAACUGGGAAAAGUUUUCUUCAAGUGUGACAAAUGCUGAUAUCAAGUCAGAUGUCUUCCAGCCUGGAGUGCGAUAUACAUUUUCUGUCUUUGGCUGCAAAGAAAAUGGAUAUCAGAUACUGGGAUAUAUCAAGGGCUACAUACAAGAAUUGAGUCCCAAAACGGCACCUGAUUUCAGUGUGCAACAUACCACCUCUGAUUCCAUCGUGAUAAAAUGGAAGAAUAUAUCUGUGGAAGACAGCCGAGGCUUUUUACAAGGUUAUUUGCUUAAAUGUGCCAAAGGAGAGAAAGAUGGCCCAAUGCCAAAAUAUUUUAAACCAGAAAUCAACGUCACUGAUCUAAACCAAGAUGUGUUGACAGUAUCAGGCCUUCAAGGAAAAACCAGUUACCAUUUGACUUUUGAAGCCUAUACAGCUGCAGGAUCUGGACCUGUUAGUACCUUGAAUGUGGUUACAAAGGAAAAUUCUUUGGGAUUGAUCAUUGCCAUAAUUAUCCCGGUGUCUGUGGUUCUUGUGUUGGCAGUUGUAACUGGAAUCCUUUGCUACCGGAAGAGGGAAUGGUUGAAAUUUUUGUACAUUCCCCCCCCCCCAAUCUAUUCUGAAAGACUUGAUUUCACUAAAGAGAAAAGUGAGGGGAACCCGAAUUCUAAAACCUUGGAGAUGAACCCAUGUACUCCCAACAACAUCGAAGUAGUUGAAACCCAGUCCCAGGGUCUGAAGAUUGAAGACACGGCCAUUACAUCAUCUGUUGAGGAAGACCCUCCUGAAGAUGGCUUGGAGUCUGAAUCGGAGAGCCACAUUGUGGUUUCCUAUUGUCCACCAAUCAUUGAAGAAGUCGUAUCUAAUCCACCAGAGGAUGAAUCUGCUGUGUCUUCCCAGGUUGUUUAUAUUGAUGUCCAGUCAAUGUAUUCAGCUCCCGUUAAACCAAAUGAAGAAUUAGAAGCUGACUGUGUGGUUUCAGCAGGUUAUAAACCGCAAAUGCAACUCGCAGUUAAUAGUUUCAGACAGUUGGAGGAAACAUCAGCGACAGAAGAGGACUCAGACAAGGGUGCAGGCUAUAGGCCACAAGCGAAUGCACCCUCCUGGAAUACGGGCGGUCCAGAUUCUCCAGACUCCACAGAUAAUGUCUCGUUUGGGAGCCCUUGUUCGAUUAAUUCUCGGCAGUUUUUGAUUCCUCCGAAAGAUGAGGACGAUGAGUCUCCCAAAGCUAUUAACUCAGGAUGGUCUUUUGCUAACUUAUUUCACACCAAAUCAAAUGAGUAAGACAUGGUGGCCCUGGAAAUAGCUGUUUGCUUGGAACUGGUUGUUAACAGUUUUGGAAGUGCUGUCUCAGCGCGUUGAUUAUUUUGGUUAAGUUGAAAGUUACAGUGGACAUUUUAUAACUGGUAGAGAUGCUAAUUCACAGCAUUUCAGGGAAGGUAGUUUUAAACCAAAGAGCAGCAACUAGUCUGCAACUACCUUUCAACAGUCUUCCUUUUCACCCGCCUUGCCCCAAUGCUGUCAGUCGGAUUCAAUGUUCCUUAUCUGUGACUAUAUUUAUGAUGUUCUAUUUGGAGUAUGCCAGAGGAAACAUAAGCAAAUAGAAGCAAAAUUUAUAUCUGCAGGUAUCAAUGUGUCUAUUAAACUCAAAGGGAUACAUAUAUGCAGGUGUGUUCAGGAUUGGGACCUUGUUGUCUAAUCAAGAAUAUGUUUAAAUUUUAAGAAAGUAUAUUUAGGGCAGCCUUUGAUGAUGAUGAUGGUGAUGAUAAAACACUACAAUAGUGCUGCUGAUGGUUUUAUGGCAUUAGAUUUCCAGCUGCUUUGGAGAGCCGUUGUUUAAGGCAGUUUCUUCCCUUUUAAUUCCAGUAGAGCCAAUUUAGAUUGCUUGCCAAUCGAAGCUUGCAGUGUUAUGUUUAUGAGCCUGCUGUAUGCAUGUAUAUACAAUAAUUUUGACUCAGGAUACCACACAAGUGUAACACUGAUUUUAAACCUUAGCCAGGUAUAGAUAAAUGUUGGACUUCUAGCAUAUUUUUUUAAUAAACUUUAUUUUUCCA